UCUAGAGAGGAAAACUUAUUUGGAGUUCAGUACAGUGUUCAAAAUGAGAUGUUAUAUUUUUGUAUUUUUCUUUGCAGCUGUUGCCGCAGAUCAACCUAAAGGAUCCAUUUCUAUCUCUGGAACUCGUCUUACCGCCACUUGCCCUUACGAUGGCGCAACUGUGACCAACAUUGGUAAAAAUCCUUCAGAAUUUUUAAGUCAAGAUGGAAAAUACUCUGAGAACAGCAAAGAACCAGAUUUUGAAAAACACUUAUCCUGCACAAGAGGCACUGAAAUUGAUUUGAAGUUCUACAUCAAAGUGAAAGUGUGUGAGAACUGCUAUGAUCUGGAUGCUCCCCUGAUUGUGGGUGCCAUCGUGGCUGACCUGCUUCUCACCGGAGGCGUCAUCAUCCUCACCUACGCCUGUGGAAGAAGGAAGUCCGGCUCCCCACCUCAAAAAUCUACUGCCAAUCCACGCCGCGGUGCUGCCAACCCCAGUGCUCCACCCGCGCCAAUGCCAGACUACCAGCCUCUCAGUGAUUUCACCCGCAAUAGGGACACAUACGCAACAGUUAACAAGACUGGCUAGAGAAGCAAGGAUAUUCCUCAACUCUCUCUCUCUCUAUCUCUCUCUC